AUGGAUUCUGCGAAGCGGAAGCGUGCCGCCAAGGCUUGUAAUUAUUGUAGGAAGAGAAAGAGAAAAUGUGAUGGCCGGCAGCCGGUUUGUUCUCUCUGUGAAGAGGCAAACAACUCUGAAUGCGAAUAUCGCGAUGAGACUGCCAGACGAAUCGCCGUUGAGGUGGACCGAGUCGACGAAAUCUUUAGUCGGCUCGAGACCCUCGAAUCUACCUUUCGCCAUGCGAUAGCAGUACGGAGGGACAGGAGUCCUGUCUCUACUCCCCAUACCUUACCACGCCAUGGAGAAGCCAUCAGUCCUGAAAAUGCAGCUGCCUCAGUCCCUUCGACGGCCGACAGACCAGGAACCGCAUCGCUAUCUCACUUUGCCAACAAUAAUGUCUUCAACACCACCAUGGACAUACCCUUAUCUCAUUCUUCCACCACAGGAAACCUCCUUCGCUCAGCACCCGCCAAAGCUUUACUGGGUCACUAUCCUGCUGACCUGUUCCUUCAUAUUGAACUUCGUCGACCUAUCCCCGAUGAUCUGCAACUCAUCCCUGUUCCGACCAACCAGAUAAACUUGCCCACGUUACAGCCAGAUGAGACGGAUAUCCUGGUACGGAACUUCUUUCGGCUAGUGCAUCAUUUUCAUCCUAUUCUUGACCAAAGGGCAUUUCACGACUUGUACAACCGGACAAUUGAUGAUGGCUUACGACCUGAUCUCGCUUCAGCUCUUGUCUUAGUUGUUUUGGCUCUUGGAGCUGUCGCAGCUGCAACACCAAACCUUUCAGAACCUUCUUGGCAUCCUGGUAUCCAGUAUUUCACUCCUGCCGUCCGACUUCUCUUGGCCGAGUCUCUGUGCUCGUUUGGUGGUAAUCCCAUCCUGCCACAGGCGCUAUACCUGGCGGCUCUUUACUAUAGUUGGUCCAUAUGGCAUCUACAGAUGUGCAACAUUAUUGGAUCCGCUAACUCCUGGUCAGCUCUGAAAAGUUGCUACGAGACGGCCAAGGCGGAUCACAAGAUCAGUCCAUCCUCAGAGUCUUUUGGGCAAUUCUUGUUCUUGAAUGAUACUGACUCCCCCGGCAUCGAAAAGAUUGUCGAUAAGCUGCCCUAUCCCUGGUCUGACGGUCCAUCCGAGCCUUACAUGCACCGUUGGCUCGCCGAUCUCUCAUCACGCCGUCUACUCAACCGCAUUCACUAUGUGCUUUAUGCCGGUGCUGAGCCAGGUACAGGAGGUGAUGGGGCUGCUGAACACUCGGCAGAUGAAAGCCUCCCAAAUCUGGCGAACGAGUUGAACCACCAACUGGGCGGCUGGUAUCAUCUCCUCCCUCAUAGCAUACGGCCGAACUUGGACAAUCCUCCAUCUGGAGCAGACGAUACCAUGGUCACAAUACGCUAUCACACGACGGGGGAUAUCAUUUUUAGGCCCUUCCUAUAUCAGUGCGACUUUGCUUGA